AAUUUCAAACCAGAGCAAAUCGUGUGUCGGUGCCGAUUGGAAUUCCAUUAAACGAUAGACUAGCUUUGGAACGGUAUUUCACCAUAUUUCGACAUCAAAAAAUCGAAAGUCAAACGAUUUGAUUCGCAAAAAUGGGCGAUGAUUCGAGUUACGAAGAAGACUUCAGUUUGGAAAACACAUUGUUUCCGACAGACAUUGAAUUGCCAAAGAAAGAGACGAAAAAAGAGGAAAAUCCCCCAUUCGAAAUUCUCUCCAUGGAGAAUAUAGUACAAGAUGUAUUCGACAUGGUUAUGAAGGUGCAGUCAUUUCUAGCGCUGCCAAGCACGAUUUCAGCACGAAUGCUGUUAACGCACUACAAAUGGGACUUUCAACGGCUAAUCGGGGAAUAUUAUGAAACGGACCCGGACACAUUUUUCCGGCUGGCACAAAUUGAAAAUCCAUUUAAAAGCCCGUCAAACGAUCCGGUGGAUGAUUCCAAAGAUUGCAAGAUUUGCUAUUCCGAUUCACCCGAACAACUAUACGCUCUCGUAUGCGGUCAUAAAUACUGCACAACGUGUUGGAAUUCUUACCUAACGGUGAAAAUAGCAGAUGAUGGUUUGAAUGAAUCAAUCGUUUGCCCUGAACAGUCUUGCAAGUCACUUGUUGAUGACGAGCACAUCAUGCAACUGGUUGAAGAUCCUGAAGUAAUCAUGAAAUAUCAGCGUUCAAUGUCCAACGACUUUGUACAGAACAACCAAGCGAUGAGCUGGUGUCCGUUUCCUGGUUGUUCAUAUGCUGCAAAGAAGAGCCGCCCUGCUAAAUGCCCAUGCGCCUGCAAAUGUGGCCUCGAAUUUUGUUUUGAUUGCCGUGAAUAUUGGCACGAACCAGUCACAUGUAUCCUUCUCAAACAAUGGAAGAACAGUGGUGAUUCCGAAACUUUCCAGUGGAUUGCGGAACAUGCGAAAAUUUGUCCCAACUGUGAAGCAAUUAUCGAAAAGAAUGGCGGAUGUAAUCAUAUGACGUGCCGCAAUUGCAAACAUGAAUUUUGUUGGGUUUGUAUGGGUGAAUGGCGAUCUCAUCGCGCUUGCAAUCGUUUCGAUGAAAGCAAAGUGUUUGGUCAUCGCGAAAUGGCCCGAUUCAAUCAUUUUCGCGAUCGGUAUGUCAACCAACUGGAAUCAUUACGAUUGGAAGGAAUCGCUUACAAAGAUCUAGAGGCCAGAAUAAACGAUAUGAAAGACCACUUCUCCAUGACCAACAAUGAGGUGCGAUUUCUUCGUGAUGCGGUCAAAGUACUCCAUGUCAGUCGUCGUACAUUGUGCUACACAUUUGUGUUUGCAUACUUUUUGAAGAAGAACAAUCAAGUCGAAAUGUUCGAAGACAAUCAAAGUGAUUUGGAAUCGGCCGUUGAACGCCUUUCUGGAUAUUUGGAGCGGGAAAUGACUGCCGAAAAUGUCAUCGAACUGAAAAGACAGAUUCAAGACAGCUUUAAAUACUGUGAACAACGAUGCAAUGUCCUUAUGGACCACAUCCGUGAAGCCGAAGAGAACCGUUUGUGGGAAAAGAACAAUUAAUUGCCAAAAGUUCCUGUCACACAGCCAUGAUUUACCAUACCAUACAAGGAUUAUAUUUUCAAAGACAUUUAUUUUACAACGAAAUUUGUCAUAAGAUUAUUUCUAAAUAAAACAUGUAAUAACUCAUGUGAUGUUAUCGACGCCAUAUGGCACUUAAUAAUUACACAAAAAUAAACAAGCGCCAAACCAAACGUUACAAUUAGAUCGUAA